AUGCAGCCGAACGAGACGUGCCUGCGGCGGUGCGGCGACAUCGAGAUCCCGUUCCCGUUCGGCGUCGGCAGCGGCUGCUACCUCGAGACGGGGGACAUCACGUUCGCGAUGACCUGCAACCGUACCGACGACGGGCAGCUGCGGGUGUACAACUACCAGAUCGGGGUGGUGGACUUCUCGCUGCUAACCGGGCAGCUGCGCAUCUACAGCGCGAUCAACGAGUGGUGCUACAACCGCACGGCGGCGGCCAUGGACAAACAGAACAACUGGUGGUACGACAUGUCCAUCACAAAUUACCGCAUCAACGACGCGCUGAACCGGUUCACCGUCGUCGGCUGCAACUCCCUCGCCUACAUCUACUCGCCGGACGACUCCGGCCAGCAGUACAUGACGGGGUGCAUGGCUACGUGCCCCGGGGUCGGCGGCCUAGAGAACGGCUCCUGCGCCGGCGUCGGCUGCUGCCAGACGGCGAUCCCCCGCAGGGUCAACGCCUACACCGUCUCCUUCGAGGAGAAAUUCAACACCUCCGGGGCCGACGCCGACGGAUUUAGCCCGUGCAGCUACGCCGUGCUGGCCGAGACCUCGGAGUUCUCCUUCCGCACGGCGUACGUCGCCACCGCCGGCGAGUUCGUCAGGGACAACAAGUACGGCAGCCUGCCGCUGGUGCUCGACUGGGCCAUCGGGAACAAGACGUGCGAGGAGGCGAAGCGCAACGCGUCGGCGUACGCCUGCGUGAGCGCCAACAGCGACUGCGUCGACUCCAAGUACGGCCGUGGCAGCGGCUACCUCUGCAACUGCUCCGCCGGCUACGAGGGCAAUCCGUACCUCAUCGACGGUUGCCAAGAUAUCAACGAGUGUGAGCACCCGGACAAAUACAGUUGCCAUGGCCACUGCCGAAACAAGCCAGGCUCCUACGAUUGCAAAUGCUCCAAGGGUUCCUACAGUGCUGAUCCGUUCAAAGAUCCCUGCAGCCCAAGGUUUCCUCUUCAAGCACAGAUCGCAAUAGGCUUCAUCGGUGGCCUUUUGAUCAUGAUAGUAUUGGUAUUCAUCACACUAUUUCGUAGAGAGAAAAGAAAGAUGAAAGAAUUUUUCGAAAAGAAUGGGGGUCCUAUAUUAGAAAAAGUUAACAAUAUCAAGCUAUUCAAAAAGGAUGACCUUAAGUUUAUAUUAAAAAGUGGCAAUAUUAUUGGAAAGGGUAGCUUUGGUGAAGUCUACAAGGGGCAUAUAAGAGAAACUAAUCAGUUGGUUGCCGUGAAGAAGCCUAUCAACAUUAACUUGUCGAAAAAGGAUCAAUUUGCAAAUGAAGUUAUCAUUCAGUCUCGAGUCAUCCACAAGAACAUUGUCAAGCUUAUAGGUUGUUGCCUAGAAGUUGAUAUCCCAAUUUUGGUAUAUGAGUUUGUCUCCAAAGGUAGCCUUGAAAACAUUCUCCAUGGCAACAAGAGGGUGCCUCUCAAUCUGGAUCAACGUCUACAUAUUGCUGCACAAUCAGCAGAAGCUCUUGCUUACAUGCAUUCAAAAACAAGUACUACAAUCCUUCAUGGUGAUGUUAAACCGGCUAAUAUACUUUUAACUGAUGACCUUCUACCAAAGAUCUCCGACUUCGGUAUAUCAAGGUUGCUUGCCAUGGAUAAUGAUCACACAAUGUCGGUCAUUGGUGAUAUGACUUAUAUGGAUCCGGUAUAUUUUCAAACAGGUCUAUUAACCGACAAAAGUGAUGUUUACAGUUUUGGAGUUGUUCUCUUGGAGCUCAUUACAAGAAAGAAGGCCUCACAUUCAGACAAAAACAAUUUACUUAGGAACUUUCUUGAUGCUUAUACAAAUGAGACUACAAUAAAAGACUUUAUUGAUGAGGAAAUUGCAGCGACAGAACAUCUGGAGAUUCUUGUUGGUAUAGCGGGCAUGGUUGUGCAAUGUUUAAGUCUUGAUGUGAAUCAAAGACCAGAGAUGACAGACAUAGCAGAGCGUCUGCACUACAUGGCUAAGAAAGCUCGUGGUAUAUAGAAUUAUAUUGCUUGUUGUUUUCUGGUGUGCUCAUCAUGCGUGUUCAGAAUAUAAAAUAUUACACCUGAGAGAUUAUUUGAAAUUACCAUGUAGAAAAUAAACAUGUUUAUGGUAUCUCUUACUGAACUGCAAAUCUCCACAACUUAAGGUUCAGUAUGUUUUGAAUAGGGCGAAUAAAUGUAUGUUUUGUAAGUUGGAAUUCGUUAAACUAUAUUUGCCACUAUUGAAUA